AUGAACUUUUACAUUGUUUUAUUCUUAUUCACUUUCUUGGGAAUUGAAACUCUAGCAAUAAAAUGUUGGGUCUGCCGUUCAGAUUCUGAUCCAAAAUGUGCUGAUCCAUUUGAUAAUAGUACAGUACCUAUAACUGAUUGUAGUCAUGAACCUGAUUUGAUGCACUUUCCUGGGGUCAGACCUACAAUGUGUAGAAAAAUCAGACAAAAAGUGAAUGGUGAAUGGAGAUACUUCAGAAGUUGUGCUUAUUUGGGCGAACCAGGAAUUGAAGGCGAUGAGCGAUUCUGCCUAAUGAGAACAGGAACUUAUAACAUUUUUAUGGAAUAUUGCACAUGCAAUAGCAAAGAUGGGUGUAAUACAGGAGCAAAUUUAUCGUCCAUGUCUUUUAUUUCACUCUUUUUGUUAAUUUCUUUUAUUUAUUAUUUUGUAGGUUAA